AUGUUUCUUGGAUUGAACAAGGGCUAUUCUUACCUCGCUCCAUUUUACUGGCGACAUAAGUACGAAGGCAGGGUCACCAAUCAUCUCAUGUUUCCUCUUUAUUCAUCCAUAACCCGUUCUACCCUCCGCCAACCAAUUGGCGGAGAAUUUGCAUUCAAUGGAACCAUGCUAGUUCGGUUCACUAACCCCGAGAGCUGGACCAAAAGUUGGAGAGAUUUUGGUAUCGACGCAGCGAUGAGUGUAAUGGCAGCAAGAAGUGGAGAUUUCAUAGGGCAGCUGCAUCUUCCAAGGAAGAUCAACUACGUUGGAGACGACGCCAGGAGGCAAAUCGGUGACAUGUUUGUUCAGUGUGGAAGAAGUCUCUUCAAUGGAUUGAUAGACAUGUUGGACUCAACACCCUUCUGGGCAGAAAGCGAAGUAACAAUGGCGCCAGUUGUUGAGACAGAAGCCGUUCAAAAUACCAACUUGAAAGUUGAGCUGUCGGAGAAUGCUGAGAUUAUCGCUGCUCUUCACUCGUUCUUGACACUACACAUGGGGCCUGCCUUUCAGCGCAACAAUGAGACGAUCCUAGGUGAUGGUUUAUCUGAUCGUAUCAAAGCGACCUUUAAAGAAUUUAAGGGUAAUGGUCUGUGUAGUGUGCUGGCAUGGAACAAACCAAAAGAAAUGCCUCGGGACGAACAAACCAAGGUCAUCGAUCAGUUGGAGAGCAUAAAAAGAAAAUUUUUCCUAAACUCUGAUGAAUGGGCUCAAAUAGUAUUCAGAUGUUUCAAGGAGUUCCAAGUCAAACGAAGUGAAAACGAGCUGCAAGCUCCCAGACCGUAA